UGCUUCUCUUGAGUUCUGAUCGCCUCCCUGUGGUCUGAUAACAUGGUCCUCAUUCCCUUCGCCUCCUGAACUCCCUCCAAACGCGCCAUUCUAAACACGCAUCAAAUGGCAUCUAACACAGGGCCAUGCCUGCACACUACGAGAUCCUUUCUCUCCUUCCUAUGGGAGUUUCCUACCAAAUGCCUCGAAAACUACGAUCUCCGAGCAACACACACUUAAAUACAAUACCAUCGAACGCGCGAGAAUUUCUCGCCGCCGGGAAAACAGGAGUUGUCUAUGGGAUUGAUCCUGAGAGAGUGCUGAAAGAGUUUCACGACAGUGAUGGGGGCGAAGUUGAACGUCAAGUGUAUCAGCAACUCGGUUCGCACCCUAAUGUUGCAAAGCUGCUGGAAACCCAAUCGGAUGGCUCCAUCAUUCUCGAGCGAGGCAACUCCAUGCGGAAAAUCUGUCGAGCUUCCUCCGCAAAUGAGAUCCCAAUUCAGACGAAAGUUAACUGGCUCAGACACGCAGCUGAAGGAUAUCAGCAUUUACAUGAUCGCAAUAUUAUUCAUGGCGACGUGGGAUGUAGCAAUCUGAUUAUAACAAGGGAUGGCCUUGUAAAGUUAAUUGACUUUGAAGGCUGCAGUAUUGAUGGUGGACCAGCAGGUUCCUGCUACGAAUGGUUUAGCUACCGCCCAUCAGUGCCUAGAGUGAGUCGACGUACGGAUAUUUUUGCAUUUGGUUGUGUAAUCUACGAAGUUUUCACCGGGAGACCACCACACCAUGAGCUUGAAGCAUCGGAUGACCGGUACAGGCAGGUUGAAGAGCUGUACACAAAUAAUCACUUUCCCGAUGUUACAAAUAUUCCCUUCGGUCAGUUAAUACAGAGUUGCUGGGAUGGCGACUUCAGCUCUAUGGACGAGGUUAUUCAGGAGCUAAAGGCGUUUCGCCGAAGGCCCCUCAGUUGGCAGGCUAUUACGAGCGACUGGAUACGCAAAUGGUUUUCUUUCUUUCUGUAACUUAGUAACCCAAAAUUGGAUAAGCUGUGACAGUUUUGACAAUUUCUAUCCUUCCGCCUUCCCCAA